GAAAACAUAAACCAUAAUAAAAAGAAAGAAGGAACAGAGAAAGCAACAAAGGAUUCCCACAAUCCCACCAUCCUCCUCCUCCUUGGAUUUGUUGCCUGCAUAAUCACCCCGUUUUCUCUCUCCUCUUUCUUUUGGUUUGCUUUCAGUUUCCUAUUCCCAUUCUUCUUCUCUUCAACUAAAAGAGAAGAAACCAAAUAUUGCAAACCCUAAACUAAUUUUUUCUCCCAAAUUCUUGCAUCGGGUGGAUUUUUCUAUCAAUUUAUAAUUGAUUUAAGGAAAUUAUUGAAUUGAAGAAUGUUGGUGUCGAAUUCAUUUGAUUUAUGGCAAAGGGAUGCGUUUUUCUCUGCCGCUGAGGAAGUCCAAGAAUCUGCCGACAUUUUGGAAUCAGCUUAUCGAUUAUGGAUUAGACAGAAGAAAGACGGGUUAUCUUCAAAUGAGUUAGAUGAGCUUCGUCGAGAGGUUCAGACUGCUCUUGGUACCGCGAAAUGGCAGCUGGAAGAGUUUGAGAAGGCUGUCAGGUUAAGUUAUGGAAAUUGCCGUGAUCAUAGUAGAAUGGCAAGGCACCAACAGUUCGUUGUUGCCAUUGAAAGCCUGAUAACCCAGGUUGAAGAUAAAUUGAGGGAGACGUUAAACGAAGAAGGAAAACAACCAUUUCGAUGGGUGAAUUUGGAUGAAGAUGAACGAGAUGACCUUGCUAUGUUCCUUUCUGGUUCUUCGGGAACAUUCACUAAGAGUGCAAGAGAUAAUAUUGUGAAACCUUCUAAUGGUUUAGUGGAAGAGAACCUAUGUAAGAAAAAGGAUUUGGACUAUGCUGCUUGUAGCAGUAGUUGCAGUGGAGUACCCAACAUGCACGCAAAAGGUUCAACUGCAUUAAAAGAUGAUGUUGUAAUUAACAUGGAGCGAUCUAGUUCUCUUGUAGAACUUAGUGCAAGGGAAGCACAUGGGACGUGGGGGGAUAUGAACUGUGAAGUGGAGAGAACUCGUGGUGCAAAGAGGACUCAUGUUUCACCAAAAUCUGGUUCUCUGAAGAUUGUGAUUCCUAAUGAAGGUGAUCAUAUGAGUACUCAUAUGUCAACCAUCGAGGCUACACCGAAAGUGAAGGGCUCUAAAACAUCAAGUCUACUUCAAUUCAGAAGUAUUAAUUGCAUAAAUAAGCUUUUUACAUGCUCCAGUGGUUUGAAUAGUAGGAUGCAAAACUCAAAACGCUUACAGUUCAGCUCUUCCAUGCGACUCGUACUCAUUUUGAUGCUAUCAUUUUUCCUGCUCGUGCCUUACUUAUUUCAUUCAAGCUGAAGAACGUGUUUAUGUUUGCUACAAAGGGCACAAAGCCACAAACAAUAGGUGUGAGUAGAUUCUUUCCACAAUGUUACAGAGAAUUUAUAAGUAUCCUACUGUAUGUAGUAAGGCCAAGCUGUCUGAUAUGAUUCACAUUUGCUGUUUGGAAUGCUGAGCCCCAAUGAUUGAAGGGCCUCAACCUUGUUCUUCUUAUUUGGUGGUGAUUUAAGAAUUACCACUUCGUUUAGAAGUUGGAAAAAGAAAAGAAAAGAUUUGUAUUAAACCAUUAUUGUACAUUGGAAUGAAAUUAUAGGCUUGUUUCUGCAA